UCCAAGUAUAUUAUGUGGGGACCCAUCCCUUUGGGUCUCCAGCGCGGUCUCUCUCUCCGGAGAGACGGUUGAAGUUUUCCUCAGUGCCGGUACGUCCGCGUCUCUCGUCUCGCGUCGACACAGUACGAUACGACACGGCACGAUUCGACUUCGAUUCUGCGACUCGGCGAUUCUCUUUCUCGACAUCUCGACUCGGUUCGGUUGCAUAGGCGUGCGCCAUGGUCUCUUGCGUCCAAUCCGGACACCAGCAUGAGUACCAGCAACACAAGCAGCACCAGCAGUAACAGCGGAACCAGACUUGUCUCGUGCCCAGCUGGAGCCGAACUCACGAAAAACUCGUAGUUCUCUUCUAGUCGCGCGACCGAUACGAAAACCUCCGUUUCGCGUACGUUUUCGCGUCUUUCUCGUUAUCGUUUCCUUCUCCAUCUCCUCCACUUUAUCUCUAUCCUCUUAUUUCUUCACUUCCCUCUUUCUCUUCCUCUUCCGUCUCUUCCUUCUUCUUCUUCUUUUUCUUCUUUUCCUCCUCAUCGAAUCGUUCUUGUGCCAAGAAACCGCGCACCUACUCGAACCUUUAUCUCUUUCUCUGCUAAAACAGCACUCUUCUCCUCCUCUUCCUCCUUCUCCUCCUCCCCCACCUUCAUCUCCUCCUCCUACAUUUCGUAGCCGGUCGAGAUAGUCGUUCGAGAGAAGCCAAGAAAAUCUCUCGAGGAAAGGACGACGUCCUUUCGUUCUCCCUACGAACGAAAUAAGAUACCGAGAGAAAGAAAGAGAGAGAAAGAGAGAAAGAGUGAGAGGGAGAGGAAGAGGGAGAGGAAAAGAAACAGAAAGAAAGAAAGAAAGAAAAAAGAAAGAAAGAGUGAGACGGUGAGUUUUGGAACAGCAUCAUGACCGAUCGAGGGUAAGGGGGAUCGAGUGGCUCAAGGUCGAUAAAAGGAUCGAGACGCCGACUUUACUUCGUUUCAAAGACCUCCCCGAGUUCUGCUUUCUCGUGGGUGUAUUCUACUUCGAAGAAAUCAGUCUACAAGAGGUUACUUUUCCUCUGUGAAUAUUUUUCAAGUGAAUCCAUUUCGCAAUAAAUCGUAAUCGUGUGAAAAAAGUUUUUUCUAUGAUAACAAAGAAGAUAUUCGUAAAUGUAAUUAAUUGCCUGGUAUUGUGAUCCUUCGAAAUGAAUCGUUUUGGAUCCAACAAUUCGAGAGAUCGCAUUACGUAUCAUUCGUAACGAGGACGUUGAAACGAAGAUACGAAGAAAGAGAGAGAGAGAGAGAGAGAGAGAGAGAGAGAGAGAGAGAGAGAGAAAGAGAGAGAGAAAGAGAGAGAGAGGAGAAGAUAAAAAGAAAAAGAGGUUUCGUUCCGUUGUUAUAAGAUUUAUCUUUGAGAAAUCGAUCGAGUUGAUCUAUUAUUUAUCAUAUAUCAGUUCCUCAAAUUGUUUAAAUACGUUUGCGUAUCUUUCAUAUAGAUCAUCAUUAGAAUCGAUCGUGGGAAGAAAAUAAUAUAAAACAAAAAAGAAAAGGAGAAAAAAAUAAUAAAAUGAUAAACUUAUAAAACGAAUUUUAGAAAAGGAAAUCUAACCGAAAGAAAAUAAUAACAAAAAAAAAAAGAAAAUAAACCAAAACAAGAAGAAAAAAAAAUAAACGAAAUACGAACGAGAACCUGAAGACACACAAGUUCGCAUGGAAAUUAACGUCGUGGGAGUAGGCCUCAUUCCUUGGACGAAUCCCGCGGAAAUUUGUCGCGAAAAAACCUAUCUCUGAGAUUGCCAACAUCCAGCAAAGAUAAAGAAGCAUCAUCCGUGGAAUUCGCCAAGAGGUGAGGGAAGGAUGAAGAAUGCCCCGCGUCGGCGGAGACGGGGGUGGCGGGAACGAGAAGACAGGAGCCAGUGGCUUUGGAGGAUGGUUGGGAGGAGCUGCGAGAGCUGUGACCGGAGGAGGCGUCGCUGGUGGAUACGUCGUACUGGGUGGCACCAGAUAUGGUCUGAGACUCUCACAGGAAAGUCUACCACCCGCGAGCUCGAGGGAGGAAUCAGCGGAGAGAAGACGGAAGAGAAAUUCGCGAGAAAGCGAGUCGAGAGAACGGCUGACGGAGAAAUUGGCGGAAAAGUCGUCGAUCGAUCUGGCGUCGAGUAUAGUCGAGUGUUGUUGCAUCGGUCCACGUUCUCGGUUGCCUCUGCCGAGGAUCCCAACGACGACGACUACGGUGACGGCGGCAGCGACGUCGCUGCCACCGUCGUCGUCGUCUUCAUCGGUAGCAAUGGCAUCGACGGUUGGCAGCAUUGUAGGAGUCGGAGGUGGAGGUGGAAAUGGAGGAGAAAGAGACGUUGACGGAGUUUUGCCGCCUCCUCCACCACCUCUACCACCUUCACCAGCAACGGUAGUAGUAGCAGCGGCACAAGCACAGCCAUCAUCUUCGUCGUCUUCGUCUCUUCCUCCCACGUUUUCGAAGAGUCGUGCCACUACUGCUGGCGUGGAACAGCCGGUGGAUGCGAAGCUGGCGGCUGCUCGGCCGACGCCAAACUCUAAUAAUAACCGCGGGAUGCUGCAAAGCACCACGGUGGGGAACGAGCAGCACCACCGCCAACAGCAGCACCAGCACCAGCAGCAGCACAAUCAACACCACCAGCCACAAUCAUCCGCGAUCCCAUCGCCGUUGCAGCCGGUAUCUUCCGUCUCUACUUCUUCUUCUUCUUCUUCUUCCUCCUCGACGUCUUCGUCGUUGCACCCGUCGUUCGACUCCUCCUCUUCGCCGAGCCUCCAAACGCAACAUUCGGUUUCCGUGCCGCGUCAGCUCGCACAGUGGACCAAGCAUCAGACCCUCAAGCUCCAGGAACCAGCGGUGAUAGCGGUGGACCGAUUGCACAGAUUCCGCUGGAGCGGGGGUGGAGGAGGAAGCGGAAAAAAAUCCUCUUCCGCCCCCCGCAGCGAAAAGGCCGAGCGUCUUCGCGAACUUACGGAAAAACUUAAGGGACCAGCACCUGUCCCACCUCCUAGACGACCUUCCCGUACUCAAGCUUCCUCUCCUCCACCGGGAGGAUGUCAGCCAUCUUUCCAAUCUCAUCAACAGUCGGCUCAAAGUUGCGGUCGAUAUGAUAAUCGUGGGAUCUAUAGAAAUCAUGAAACCGGGCUUCAAAAUCAACAACAGCAUCCAAGGAGUAUUGUUAGAAGUGAAAGCGUUGGCGAGGAACGUCUCACUGGUACAGAUUCGAUGGUCACCGGUAACGAGAGCUGUCGAAAACAACAGCUCGCUCAUGACACUUCGAAAAAGUCCUCGAAGUCGGGCAAGGUGACGGAGAGGAAUAGUGGUGACGUUGGUGACGUUAAAAAUGACGCGAAUCUCGUCAUCGGUGUCUCCGUCGAGGACGCGCCGACAACAAAACAACACUUGAGACAAUACAGUGAUUCAGUGGUAGAUAGUGCUACGAGCGUGGACGAUCUGUGCGAUACCUUGAACGUGUCUUCUGCUGGUACUGGUGGCAACAACAAUAAUGAGGCCGAAGCCAGGGAUGCGGUCAGCAGGUUGGAGUCUCGGGGACCAUUGUUAACUCUUCAAAGAGCUGGUGCUCCACUUAGAAGUGCGUCCUUCGGUCAGGUGGAUUUCAAUCAAGGGAAUCGUCAAAAGACUCAGCCGGUGGCAACGAGUGCUCGCACGGAAAACAAAGAUGUCCGUGCCAGUACUUUGCCUCGUCGACGAGGAGAUGCGAUACCAGGCGUCUCAACGUCUCAAAACAGCCCGAAUCGGCAAAGUCCAAGGACGUCGACGCCGAGCGUCGAUAGUGCCGUUGGUUCGGCCGAAGGACUCGGUGUACCUCACCAAAGUAAUCUCGAAGAAAUCCGACCUAGAAGUGAUGGUUCUGACAGUUUGGCAACAUCCAGUGCUCUUACCAGCCCGGAACCACCGGUACCGGAAAUUCAUGAGCAACAGCCGAGGUUGGAAACGGAUGCUUUACCGACCGAGGUGAUACCUUCAGAACCGAUUUAUCAAGUCGUCGAUAGCACUCCGAUCGAUGAGAUCGUUCAAAAAGAGAACAGAAUAGAGCCACACGAGGUAAUCGUGACUCCACCGUUGGAGGAACCAAGACUCAGUCAAGCUAGCGAGGGCAGCGAGGCACCUAGCGAGACACCUUCGGAAGCAUCCUCUCCUUCUGGUAAGACCAGACGUUAUCGUGGUGAUACUAGCAAGAGAAGAAAGGGCGUGUACAUAACGCAAUGGCCAGAACCUUUGGACGCUGAUAGAAACAAACUUACUGCUCAGAGCAGCGAGGAAAGAGAUGAUCCACCUGCGACACCAAGCGAUUUGUCCGAUUGCGAAGGUCACGCUCCACGAAGGUACAGUAAGAGACCACUUCGUGGUCCUUACGGUCAAAUGCUUGAAGCUGAAAUGGCGAAACCUCGUGCAACGGAUAUAUCUCUGGAAGAAGGUCUUAGACCUAGACGCAAAGUCUCCGCUAAUCUUUCUUACAAUACCGGUGCUAAUAGUAGCUCCGAACCACCUACACCUUGUCAUCACAGGACUACCUCUAGCCCAAGUAAAUUAGAAGGAUUACCUGGACCAAGUCCGGAAUUACUUGCUGAACUUUUGAGAGGAUCUUCGGAGAGAGUAGCUCGUGCACCUGCUCAUCGAAAUGAUACGAGAACUCAUGUCGUCGUUGAGCUUUACGAUACCGAACGUUCGUACGUGGAAGCUUUGCAAAUACUAGUCAAUAAAUAUCUGCAGCCUUUGAAAAGUCCCGAGAAUGCCGGCUUAGUGGACGCUGCUACGGUGGAUGAGAUAUUUUAUCAGGUCCCAGCGAUUCUUAGCCAUCAUGAAAUUUUUCUCGAAGAGUUACGAAAACGUCUCGAUACUUGGGAAGUAAAGCAGACUAUAGGCGACGUUUUCUUGGACGUAUUUACAAAGCCAGUAGUUCUAGAGACUUACACUCUCUUCUUGGACAAUUGGAAGUCCGCGAAGAAGGCGAUAAAAACAACGUGUCAGGGGAAACCAGCAUUCGCACGAUUUCUCGAGACGAUGGAACGCGAACACAAAGGCAAGCUUGGUCUUGAUCAACUGCUGAUUAAACCGGUGCAGAAGAUUCCGCGUUACGAGCUUCUCAUUCAGAGACUUCUCAAACACACUGAUUCGACGCAUCCCGAUUAUGAGUUCCUGCAGGCAGCACAAAAGGAAGUGCACGAAUUGGUUGUGAAGAUCAAUUGCACGGAGCGUGAGUCUCUUGAAUGGGAACAGCAACAAAGUACUUUAAGAGAGGUUCAAGCCCUCGUCGAAGGUCUUGCUGGGAUCGUUACGAAUGAUAGAGCAUUCGUUCGUCACGAUUUGGUUACCAUAGCAUCGAACCAAGGCACACGGAAGGAACGAGCUCUCUUUUUGUUCUCCGACCUAUUGGUUAUUACCAGUAUCAAACGACGAAGUGGUACGAUAAGGAAACCAUCUACGAGCUCUUGCCCGAACAGCUUGGUCAGUCUUCUUGAAGCUAACAAGUACAAAAUGUUGAUGAGAAUACCAUUGGAUGAUCUCGAAGUGAUGAAAGCCAAGGACGAGAAUCUCAGACGAAUGGCACGUGAGGUUGAUCACCUACGAGAAGAUUGCGUCACAUUGAGUCAACUCCAAGAACUCGCAGCUACGAUACAUGGAAGUAAGGCACAACUCGAGGAUCUGAUCAAGGAUAUGCUGUGUCAAGCGCAACGGCAGUUAGCCGAAAGAAACGCUGCUCAUUCUCAGUUAGCUUGUCUGGAAUUAACUCUAAACACGCAAUCGGGUAUCGAGAAUAUCUCCGUUGUCUUUACAAAGCCCGACAAGAGAGCGAGCUGGGAAGAAAGUUUCAACGAAGCCAAACAAAAGUUAGCAUUGUCUGCCGAUCGAAGACUUUGUCCAGAAUUCGUCGGUCCUUUACCCAUUAGAAAGACACGAGCUGGUCUUCAAUUUACUUGCGCUGCACCUACCUUAUCAAAUGGACAAGAAUCUCGUGAUGUGUGGGUUUGCAACAGCGACGGAUAUGUUGGUCAGGUUUGCGUGCUGAGUUUGAACCCAGAACCACCUCAAGUUACAUCUUGUAAUGGAGUUUGCAAUGCUAGAAUUCUUUGCGUUGCUGGGAUACCUGCUUGUACUCCUGGUUCGAACUCUUUGGCAUCCAACAGUAAUACGUUUGUGAAUAGUAAAAGCGGCAUCAGUAUUUCCGUGCAAGAUGUCGACUCCGGUAGUGGUAAUAUUCAAUUAGACAGCAGCUCGAGCUCCGACGAGUCGGACUCGGACGACAUUCCAAAUGCGGAUACUUGUAGCGUGACCUUGAGCGGUGAUGUCUCUAAUAUCGAUAACGCUAUUGCCAUUGAAGAGGAUGCCAAUCAACCUACCAUGUGGUUAGGGACGGAAGAUGGUUGCAUUCACGUUUAUAAUUGUAACGACAAUAUUAGAAUAAAAAAGAACAAGGUGAAGAUUCAACAUGGUAGUAGCGUGCACUGUAUCAUAUACUUGGACAAUAAAGUAUUCGUGUCACUUGCCAAUGGUGAUAUAGCUGUAUAUACACGAGAUCAUAUAGGAGGUUGGAAUACUCCAGAUCCAACGAUAGUGUCCGUAGGUACCGCAGCAUCUCCAGUAACAAAGAUGCUUCCGGUAUCUGGCAAACUGUGGUGUGGUUGCCAUAACUCCGUGAAAGUUCUCAACACGCGUACCUUGGACAUCGAGCACAGCUUCGUGGUUAGCAGUGACACAAGUCGAGCGGUCACUUGUAUGGCAAACUCUGGUGGUUUUGGUGUUUGGAUUUCUUUGCACAACAGUGCCGUACUUCGUCUUUUCCAUGCUGGUAGUUAUGAAUGCUUGACAGAUAUAAAUAUCGCUCCGGCCGUUACCAAGAUGCUUGCUACAGGUUGCGAUGACAUAAUAAGACAACAUAAAGCAGCCUGUCUCAGAGUAACCGCUUUAUUGGCUUGCAAUGAGUUAUUAUGGAUCGGUACAAGCGCUGGUGUACUUUUAACCGUACCAAUACCUCACAUCAAGCCAUCCACGCAAAGAAUAUCUCAACCUCCCAUCGUAACUGGAAUACCUCACGGACAUACGGGACACGUGCGGUUUCUAACAUGCGUGGAAACCAGUACAUCAUCGAAACCAGAACCACGACCAAAGGUGAAUCGAUACUCUUUGAAAUCGAAGAAAGUGCAUCAGAAUAAUAUCAAUCGCGGUAAGCUCUUGGUGAUAUCCGGUGGCGAUGGUUACGAGGAUUUCAGAGGGCCCCAAGCGUCCGCAGAAUUACAGGCAGGUCGCGAGGAUUCGACGAAUCAUCUUCUUUUGUGGAAGGUGUGAUGCAUUUCUGCACGGCCCAAGCGGAGGGUCGCGGUUCACGAUAGCCGGCACGACACGCCGUGGGAAUCGUUGUUGUCGAGCGUGCAGCCAAUAUGCGAACACCGUCAUGCUGUAUCGAUCUUGGUUAACACGGACGGAUCGGCACGACGAUUUUUCAGAGAACGAGGAAAGGUUCUCUGGUUACUCCUGGCGGAGUGGAUCAGAACCAGGAUAAAUAAGUUCCGUUAUCUACAGAACGAAGUAAAAUUCGUAUUAAAGGAUGGUAAAAAUCUUGCUUAAGGAUUUUUGGUCGAGAAAAUAAUAGCUUUCUUGAGUUUCGUCCUCGAUCGAAACGAGAUUUUCUUCUUUUUGUUUUUUUGUUUCUUUUUUUUCGUUCGAGGGAAGAUCACUCGCCGUUGAAUUUGCGCAGUAAAUUAGGUUGGAGGGAUUUAGUGAGAAUGAUCUGCGAUUUUUAAGACGUUUAUAAGUCUGGAGACGCUUGAGAUUUCUUUUAUUGCGGAGUCGUUUCUUACUCGUUCGAAUUUUUACGAUGAAGUUUAGCCCACAUUUUGCAAAAUAAAACGAUGAAAACGAUCAGUCAUCGUCGUUGGUGUUGGUAGCACUUUGACUAAAAAAUUAUUAAAACUCUACGGGCUAUUCUAAUCUAUUAUUCGAGCAUCAAUCUUGUAUUAUCGUCGGAGCUAGAAUUAAUAGGAAGGAGAAAAAUACAAAUUUCAUAACGUGUCAAUAUCUUGUUGCAAUAGAAACGAUGACAAUUAAUGUGCGGUACCUGAAAAGGCUUCGAAAACGAGCUUAUAACGUUUUAAAUGGCCUAAAUUAAACGAUGAGGUUCAAAGAUUCAUCAUUUCUUACAAAUGUUAAAAUAUUGACAAAAUUUUAUCGUUGUCCUUUGAUGACACAACAAAAUCCAAAUGUACCUCAUUAUUCAUUUUGAAUGUUUAAAUGAUGUAAAUUAAUGUGUCCGUCUAUCCCGUGAAAGGACCCUAUGUAAUAAUAAUUUUCAAUUAAAGAUGUAUCACGUCGUGUGUGUGUGUGUGCGUGUGUGUACGUGCGUGAAUGUAGACAUUGAAUAUUAUCCAUAUCAAAAAAAGAGUGCAAAUUAUUGAAACGAAGUCGUCCCUAUGUUAUAAUUGACUCUCUUGUGGUUCCUAUGCUUACGUGCGCAUUAUCAGUUAACGCGAAGUAUGUUUGACAAUAAUUUAUUAUGAACAACUUUUUAAAAAUUACUUCACACUUGACCAAUAAAAAUGAUUUGUAACAUCGAAGUGCUGGUAUGAAUAUUGGGAGAUGGAAGCCUGUAAAAAAUUAUUCUUUUUAUUAUGAAACAGAUGCUCGACAUGAUAUCGAUGCUUAAAUAUAAAUAAGUAUAUGUUCAAGUGUGAAGGAAAGCAAAAAAACCAGGUAAUUGUAAUUUUGCUAAUUUAAGACUGAAUGAAAGCUACAUAUAACGAUAUAUACAAAGUUAUAUCUAUUAUUCUUCGAUCGUAUAUUUGUGCCACUUUAUUGUGUGAACGAAUAAAACAUUAAUCGAAUACCUUUAAUCAAAUUUACUGUAUGUACACGUUUUCGAACAAUAUUUUCUCUUAGAUUGAAUGAUACGAAAAAUAUUUAUAGGAAACAUGAGGACAUACAUAUGCACUCUAAUUUCAAAUUUACUUAUAUAAUACCUGGUGUAAUUAAAAAGAAAAAAGAAAAGAAAAAAACAAUUAUACGUUAUACAUUUUUAUAAGUAACAUAAAAGAACCUACAUCAAAACUGGACUUCAAGUAAUAUACAUAUAGACGAAGGAUAAGAGCUUAAGCUUUUCGUGGAAAUAAUCUAUUUUUUGAAAGAGAAAAUUGAACAAAAGUAAAAAAAAAAAGAUAAAAGAUAAAAAAAGAUAAAAAAACAACAAAAUAUAUUGAUAAAUGUUUUGCCUUUGACAUUGGUCUUUCAUAGAAGAAAAAGAAUUGUUUGUUUGCCGUAUAGAAACUUGUUCUACUACGUCUUUUUGUGAAGAAUAUCUCAUAUUCUUUCUCUCUCUCUCUCUCUCUCUCUCUCUCUCUCUCUCUCUCUCUCUCCCCCUUUCUAUCUUUUUCUCCUUCUCUUUUUUAUGAAAAGAAAAAAUACAUUAUUUAUUUAUACUUUCGGUCAAUAACCGUACGAAUGCAAUACUUGGAUGCAUCUUUGGUGUGUAAUAGAGAACAGUCUCGUAUUAGAAUUGUAUAGAUACGAGACUAUAAGAUUCGUGUUAUGAACGGCUAAAGGGAAAUGUAAUAUAUCGUAAAUAUAUUUGUAUUAUAUGUAUUUUCCUUUUUUCGCGUUAUUAUUGAAAACAUAAUUCCAAGUUACACAAGAACUAUGAAAAAUGUUCUCGGAAUUUGUAUCAUCAUUUAUUAUGAAUGUACAUAUUUAUUUGAUAAUUAUGUAAUUUUCUUUUUCUCUUUUAAUAGAUAUCAUCUCCGUGCUUUACAUCGCCUGCGAUUGUACGUCACAAUCCGUAGACAGUAUAUUUGAUUAUAAUUAUCUAUAUGUAAUAUUCUUAUGUACAAUUAUAAAUGCUCGUUGAUAUAAUUGUAUUAAAGACGAUUUAAAACUUGUAAA